CUUCUGCUGAGGUUAUUUGUUUGUUUUUCAGAUGAGACCCUUUUUGCUCUUCCUGCUACACCUGCGCCUCUGAUGCACUCCUCUGCAGAAAGAGUUAUGGACUUGCAGGAGCAGCCAGGUAGCACUAAGGCGCUGGGGCAAGAGGAUUUCACUGCAGUCCCGCGUGAUCCUGCUCCUUCUCUUCCCUCCUUCUCUCCUCUCUCAGCUGAUCCCUUUAAAGAGCACGCAGCCUUUGGCACCAUCUCAGAUGGGUUCCCUGCAACAGGCACUUACAAAGAGAGCUCCAGUGAGGUUUAUAAAGAACCUGUGAAAAAUGCCACAAACCCCUUUCUUGCAGAGGGAAAUGAUAAAGACAUUUCUGAGAUGAAAUACUCGCAAUCCCCAUUUGCUAAAGAAGCAGCAGCCAUUUUAUCUCCAGCUAAAGAAAAAGCACAGCUAGAGGGCCCUGAAGAAUUACCUAACCUGGAGAAAACACCUGCAGAGCAGCUGAAAAUGUCUCCAGAAUCUCCCCAAGAUAUAUUUGAAAGAAAUGAGGAAGAUCUCUUCUAUAACAAAGACAAGUACAGAGGAGGUGGUGAUCAUGCUGAAAAGGGGCUGCUGAAAGAAGACCCUCUUAAGAGGGAAGAAUAUGCAGACUUCAAACCUUAUGAGCCAAUAUGGGAAGUCAAAGGUGCUAGUCAUGGACUGAGCAGCAUGAGAGAGGAUGUUGGAAAGAAGAUAGAUGCCACGCUGGAGAGCAGUUUGGAUGACAAGUAUGGCGUGGGUAAGCUGACUGUGCAGAAGGAUUAUGAAAGAGACAGUGAAGGCAGUGCUGAAGAGCCCUCCUUCCCAAGCACCCCAGAAGCUGUAAAAGAACCUUACAUCACUUGUACUAAAUUUGACUCUUCUCCAAGUCCUGGUGGUAACAAAGGCAAAUCUCUUUCUCCACUAGAGGAAGGCAUUUCAGAAAAUAGAACCGACGAUGAGAAAAAAAUUGCAGAGCUGAAAGCUCAGACGGGCCCAGAGCAAGGUGAUUUUGCUGCUGGAGCAGGUGGGCAGGAAGGGCAGGGAGCUGAGCCUGCCAAAGCACAGGGGGUCCCACCAGCGUCACCCGACAGCGCCACAAACAUGCCCGAGGGUCUCACUCCUGACCUGGUGCAGGAGGCCUACGAGAUGCACGAUGCAGCCUGCACAAAGCUGGCUUAUGAAACCAAGAUUGACUUGGUGCAAACCUCAGAGGCAGCGCAGGAGACUCUGAAACCUGCGGCACAAAUCUGCCCCUCCUUCGAAGGCUCAGAGGCCGCUCCAUCGCCCAUACUGCCUGAUAUUGUUAUGGAAGCACCGCUGGGCACCGGCACUGCUGCGGCAGAGGCAUCUGCUGUGCAGCUGGAAGCUUCCCCACUAGAAACAUUCAUGCCCACUGCCAAGUAUGAGAAUGUAAAAGAGGCUGAGAAACCUCCUGUAUACCAAGAGGCAGUGAAGGUGCCACUGACACAGGCCCAGGAAGCAAAGGAGACCUUGGCAUUUAAGCAACCUGAUGAUGAGAGCAGCAGCACUCCUGAAGAUCUGGAGACUCCUUAUAUAUCUAUUGCAUGUGACUUAAUUAAGGGAACAAAGGUCUCUGGUGAAUCUCCUUCUCCAUCUUUCACAGAGUAUUCCAAGACACCGGUAACAGAAAGCAUUUCUCAGGAUGUGCCUGAAGACAAGGAACUAGAUGGAACCCCAUCUCCACAGUUUGGAAAAGCUGGCCUGUUUAAUAGCCAAAUGAUAUCUGACUUUGCUGAGGAAGCAAGUGAAGAUCCAUCUCUCCUUUUAAAAAGUAAAUCCACUGAGAGUAUUGAAACUGAUGAGGAACAGGAGGAGGAAGGACUGGUGGAUUCAGUAGCUGCCACGGGCAAGCCUUAUCUAGAGUCAUUCCAACCCGAGCUGGACUCUUCCAGAAUUGUUGCUGCUCCACCAUCUGAGCCAAUACCUGCAAAAAUAGCCAAGGCAGAUAAGAUUCCUCUUCAAAUGGAAGAGCUGGAUGCUUUGGCUUAUUCAGCUGAUGUAUCUGUUGCUAUGGAACCAAAAACAGGAGAUGACAAAGCUCUCUCACCCAUGGAGUCUUCCCCAGUCUCAGUGGAAGAAGACUUUGUGAUGUUAGCUCAUCCUAAAGCUGUUCCUGAGUUUGAGACAGAGGCCACUGACCGAGAAACAAUGCACAAAGAUGAAGGUGAAGACAUCAGUAAGGUGAUGCAGGGUGAGAAGCUGCUGCCUUGCCCAGAGCUGCCCUGUGAUCUCUCUGUGAAGAAUGUAGAAGUAAAAGCUGAGGAAGAUAGCAAUGCCUUGAAAAAGUCUUUGGAGGCUGUGGACAGAGAAGUGCCUGAAGUAUCCACCAUGUCCUUACCAGCCACAGAUACCUCACCUUUAUCUGCUGAAAAAGAGAUAGUCAGUGUAGUAAAACCAGGAGCUUUUGAGAAGGAAGCUGAGAAAGAAGCUGCUUCUGUUAAAGAAAAGAAAAAACCUACUGCUGUAUUUUCAGCAAAGCUGAAUAAGUCUUCAGUUGUUGACCUCCUUUACUGGCGAGACAUCAAGAAGACCGGGGUGGUGUUUGGAGCCAGCCUGUUCCUGCUGCUCUCACUGACAGUGUUCAGCAUCGUCAGCGUCACAGCCUACAUCGCCCUGGCCCUGCUCUCUGUCACCAUCAGCUUCAGGAUAUACAAGGGAGUCAUCCAGGCCAUCCAGAAGUCUGAUGAGGGCCACCCCUUCAGGGCUUACCUGGACUCGGAUGUGGCCGUGUCGGAGGAGCUCAUCCAGAAGUACAGCAACGUUGUGCUGGGCCACGUCAACGGCACCGUCCGCGAGCUGCGGCGCCUCUUCCUCGUCGAUGACCUGGUGGAUUCCCUCAAGUUUGCAGUGUUGAUGUGGGUGUUCACUUACGUUGGUGCCUUGUUCAAUGGUCUGACAUUACUGAUCCUGGCUUUGAUUUCGCUCUUCAGCGUUCCUGUUAUUUAUGAGAGACAUCAGGCCCAAAUCGACCAUUACCUGGGACUCGUGAACAAGAAUGUCAAAGAUGCCAUGGCAAAGAUCCAAGCAAAGAUCCCUGGGUUGAAGCGCAAAACUGAAUAAAAUAAACCUGAAGCAACUUAUCAAUAGGAAAGAAAGUUCAUCUUUUAAGGGGGAAAAUACUCAUUGGAUUUACAUGGGGAGGGUCAGGGAAUAGCAAACCCCUUGACAUUGCAGUGCAAUUUCACAGAUCUUUAUUUUUUAGCAACGCAGUGUUUGAGGAAAAAUAACUGUUUUGACUGCCAUGUGUUUCAUCAUCUUUAAGUAUUGUAAGCUGCUAUGUAUGGAUCUAAACUAAUCAUCUUUCCUUAUCCUGUGUGCAGCACUGGCUAAUACAAACGACUGAGACAGCUGUACAUUUGCUUCAGCAGAGGUAGUUCCUGCUGCGUGCCCGAGGUGUAGAGCAGGUGGGGCAGAGGAGAACACUUCCCAGUUUGUGCACUGUGUAUGGUCUGUGUAGAUUGAUGCAGAUUUUCUAAAAUGAGAUGUUUUAGAAGAAUAUACCAGUUUAGCAAGUUUUGAAAAAUCUUGCCUUUUUGGUAUGAGUAUAGCUGUAUUGUGAUUUUGUUUUAUCAAUUGCCAAUAUAUAUAUAUAUAUAUAUAUGUGUUUCACAAAGCUUAGAUCUUUCAGCUGCUCCACAGUGCUUUGUACUUCAGAGAACUGACUGAGGCCUGGACGAGCUCCAGAGCACACAAGCUUGAGAAACUAAAAAGUCUCUGUAAACACUGGCAUCUGUUGGAAACAACAAAAGAGAAAUGAACAAAGAACCUCCACACAGAGUAAAAGAAACUUACAGCAUACACUUUGUUGCACAAACAUACAGUAGUUGAUCUUGAGCAAAUAAUUCUCCAGCUUUCAGACUCUGAUAAUCUGUGGACCGAGUAUCUAAUGCUGCAAAUGUUGUUUGGAAACUUAAAGCCCUGUCCUGUUAUGCAAGAAAAUGAUAAGUGAAAAUUUAUACACUUGCAGUUUGAGCUGUACUGAACUAAGUCUGUGGAAUGCAUUGUGAAAUGUAAAAAAAAUCCCAACAAAAAAGGAAAAAAAAACCAACCCCAAAACCCCAAGUAUCAAUAAAGCUUAUAGACAUAAAAUGA